GAAAUUUUUCUUGCAUGUUUUGUAUGGAAGGUCAAAUCCGCGCGAACGUACCAAAGUCCCGGAAUAAACAUUUAGAGUGGGGUGUAAAGAUACACCGGUGGGGAUAUCGCUUCGAAGUAAAAAAUAGAUCAAUUUACAAAUAGGUAGUAAACAAAUAGAAAACAUUUCAACACAGUUGAAAAAGUUUUCUUAAUUUUAAAGGAGAAAUAUAAUUAAAAUGGUUCUCCUACCUGAUCCUAGUAAAUUAAAUGUGCCUCAAACACCUCCAAGUUCACAGAAGAAAAAUAUUUUCUUUGAUAAUUCAGAUUUAGAUAAAAUGGCUCAACAUUUCAUCGGAAAUAAUUUUAGGCAAAGGGAUAUGAUUGUCAUUCCCCGGACCCAAGGUCCAGUUUCGAUAAGAUCAAAUGAAGAGCUGAUUAUGGAUAAAGUAAUGGAAUCAUGCACUUUUAAAUCGGUUAUGUCAUGUGUUAUUGGCUAUGGUCUGGGAUGUGCUAUUGGUCUAUUCAGUGCUUCAGUUAAUCCCUCAAUUCAAAUGGAUCCAUCAGCACCACACAUGGAGCGAACACAAACUGCUCGAGAGAUUUUUAAUGACAUGAGAAAAACUACUCAUUCGUAUGGCAAAAACUUUGCUACAAUUGGUUUAGUGUUUGCAGGAAUCGAAUGUUUGAUAGAAAGUCAAAGAGGUGUUACAGAUUGGAAGAACGGAACAUAUGCUGGAGGAGUAACUGGAGGACUUAUUGGUCUACGUGCUGGUGUGAAAGCAGGAAUUUUCGGUGCUGCUGGCUUUGCUGCAUUCUCAACUGUCAUUGACUAUUAUAUGAGACAUCGAAAUUAAAUUUCAAAGUUGACUAUUAUUAGAUACAAAAAUGUCAUAGUGGUAACAUAAAAUAAUAAUUUUAACCAUCAAACAAAAUA